GUGCUGACUGAGUGAUCUAGCAGAAAAGUGACUGCAUGUGGUGCUAUCUAUUUCACUCAUUACUGUAACAUUCACUUCUUAUCAUUCUCAUCAAAUGAAUUAUCGGAGAUUAAUACAUUUUUCCUGGAUCAGUUAUACGCAUUCGCAAAAUCUCACAAAUCUCACCUCAUCCUAUGCAAUCUUGAUUCACUUUGGGUGGUAUCAUAAUUCAUUACCAUAAUUUGCAAAAAUAUCUACGGCGCCAAUGUAACGGCCAAUGUUGUAGCUGACGUGUCCAAUCUUAUUACUUAGAAAUUUUGACGUAAUCUGUCAUCGCGGUUUCGCAAAUCGAAAGCAACUCCGGUAUGUUGGUUCAGGAAUACAUGUUUCUUGUCAUUCUUGUCACACUUUCAUCCCUUGACAAAAAGACAGUGAUAGAAUGUAAGCGCUCCUGUAAGUUGCAGGAGUGUUGGGGGUAUUCGAGCGUUUAUUUAUUUUUCCUUUUUCCUUUUUACUUUCUGUGUGUGGGAGGUAAUAAUUUCGAAGCUCUUAAAGCAAGUUUCAUAAGUUGGUGUUGAUUCCGUGACAAUUUUCUUCAAAAAGUAUUCAACAUUUUUGACUCGGCCUGUUAUAAUAACCUUUGGAGCAGAUUUAUGUUUGUAUUAAUGUUGCUCUUCAACAUUUUCUGCACAUUUUUAGUACUAUUUCUAGUGAGGGAGAGGCGGUGGAGUUGUAGUAGUGCAAAUUGAUCAAUUCAGAGUUAUUAAAGGUGUAAUGAGGUUAAUUUUCUCAACAAUUUUGAUUUUACAACUACGUUCAUGAUUUUGAGCUAUCUGUAGGUGAUAUUGUCGGUCUCCAAGUUCUCGAAGUUUGGUAGCUCUUUCCAUUUAGUGCAACUCUCUUUCGUGCUUGCUUCAAAUUUGUUGCCCUUCAUGAUAAAAUCAUUUCGUCGGGUGCUUUUUCUCUAUCUUCUGUCUUAAUGUGUUGCACAUAGUCGUCCGGCACUGCGUUGUUUUCUUGAUCGGUCAUGGGUUGCCCUCUUGGUCAUGGCUGGUUUGGGGGUGGCGGCGAGGGGGGUUGCUGGCGCUCCGGCAACUUCGAAAACGAAACAGUGCCGUUGAUGACACAUUCUUCCCAUACGGGCUAGUUUUGGCAGACCUUCAAGCUCAGGGCGUGCGGCCCGUGGUACAUGAUUAAUAUACUGUAGGCUGUGACGUGGAACGAACAGUUACAUACGUUUCUGCUGCUCUUGACCAUAUCAAAAGGAAGUCCAGUGAACUGCAAACCGGUGCAUGGCUGUGUGUUCAUGAUAGACGUGCAAAGCAAUUAUCCUAGAGUCAUACAAAAUUUGUCAUUUAUAAAUACGAUAAGCAAGUGGCAGAGCAGAGAAUUGGCAGAAACCUCAUGAAUGCGAAAACCGAGCAGUUGAAGAUAGACGCAGACAGUAUACCUUGGAAAUACACAUCUCUGGACGGCACAAAAUUUUUUGGGCAGCUCAGAUGGCUACCGCAUGGCUAUGAGCAGCAUGUCGAUCUUCUCUUGAAGCUCAAUUUUCUUCUUGUUCGAAAUUUUCCUGACGGUCCGUAUUCACACGUCAGAGAACCUGACGCGACGAUAUAUAAUUAUGCUGUGGCCAAUGUAGCUGUUGGUCCGCCCAUAUCUCAGGUUGCAUAUCCACCAAAGGUUUUCCAUUCUCUGCUAAAGACGCAAUAUGAAUCUCUCGUCGGGAAUCAAGCCCCGCUUUUGGCGCCAAAGAGAAUCUUGAGUGCGAAACUGCCUUCUCAACAAAUUCAAAAACGUUCCUGCCUUACUCGUGUCCUAGAUCUCGUGAACGUAUACUACCCGCACGAUUUCACUCGGGUACUUUCGUCUCAGGGCUCUGAAGGCUAUACACAGAUCACGAAAGAAGCGACCCCAAGUCAUUCUCUUCAAUCGGUUCCGAUUGAGGGCUUUGCUAGCGGUCCAGGAGUUAUCAGCGGGGAUUUCUCGCUUGAAUCCAUCGGAGUGGAUACCCCUCAAAGUCCUGAAGACUCCACAAUAAUUAAGCAACAGGAGUUCCAACAUUAUGCUAUCCAAAUGGCUUCGUCUGGGAAACUUGACAGCGGUCCGAAAAUAAAGCAGGACCCCCCGCAUGUCGCAAUUCAGUUAUCUUCCCCUGGGGCCUUUGGUAGUGGGCUUGAUUUAACGAAGUAUUAGUUUGGUUCAAUUUUCGAUCUGUGAGUGUGCUGUUCACCUCUCUUCCACCUCCAUGAACCUUCAUAUAUCGAAGCUGGGGUUGAAUAAUUUGAAAUCAGAAGUUCGGUAUAAUGGAUCUUUGUUAAUUCUACUGCAGAGUGCAAACUCUGUCCGGAUAGCAAGAUCCAUAAGAGGCCCUGAAGCAAGUACAGUCUUGAAUUUCAAUGAGGUGGUGAAAUAGAAAUAGACUUGCACAGAAUAUCAAGCAGUAUUAACUAUGGAAAAGAUCGCAGCCGAAUGCCACUGAGCGUAACUCUCCUUUAACUUUCAGAUUCCUCAAUAAAUAUCAUACA